UGUGCGUCACAUCCGUUUCUUUCUUUCCCGUUCGGUCUCAACAUGGCGCCGAUCAAACAGAAAAGAGUCGCUGCAGGCAAGAAGUCCAGAAAGGCCCCGUCCUGGAAGUUCACCCUGGACCUGACCCACCCAGUGGAGGACGGCAUCCUGGACUCCGCAAACUUUGAAACCUUCCUCAAAGAGCGGAUCAAGGUGAACGGGAAGACGGGGAACCUGGGGAACAUCGUCCAGGUCGGCCGCAUGAAGAACAAGAUCAACGUAACGUCUGAGAAACAGUUCUCCAAGAGGUAUCUGAAGUACUUGACCAAGAAGUACCUGAAGAAGAACAACCUGCGGGACUGGCUGAGGGUGGUGGCGUCCGACAAAGAGACAUACGAGCUGCGCUACUUCCAGAUCAGCCAGGAUGACGAAGAGUCCGAGGCAGAUGAGUGAAGAGCUGCAGGGGAGCCAUGCAGAUUUUCUGUGCAGGAGAAUA